UAAAAUCUGUUUCAACGUGUUUUUAAAAUUAUAUGUCAUCGAUAACAGGUUUAAGAAGAACAGGGCGUUCUGUGCCUUACGAAACAUAAAAAGUGCAGAACACAACAGAAACAGAAAAACAUUGUUGCGGUCGAAAUACUUUAGUUUGCAUGUAAUGGAGGAGAUAUGUCGAGUUUGUCUGGAAAGGCCCAAUGGCCUUGUAAACAUCUUUGACGCUAGGCGAAAGACCAGAGUUUCCAUAGCUGAGAUGAUCGCUCUGUGCACUAGGCUUCCAACCUGCGAGAGGAGCUACCAGUUCUACUGCCAAGUCAGGGACGAAGGAAUCGAAGAGGCACUUUGCACCUUGAUUGAAGAAGAGGACUGGGAGUUUUCAAAAGACCAUAUGGAUGCGUCUGAAUCCGAGGAUGAUGACGUGAAGAACAACAGGAAGGAUGCCUCAUUAGACUGCCGCCAAUGUCCGAAAAUGUUCAAGCGAAAAGCUGCUAGACUGCGACACAUGAGCUCCCACUUGGGUAAAAAGCCCUCCUUUGUUUGUGAUCACUGCCUAAAGACGUUUAUACGUAAGGACCUGCUCAAGUUUCACAUAAACACACACACGGGAGAGCGACCGUUUGUCUGUUCCCACUGCUCCAAGUCGUUUGCCCAGAAUUCCACAUUGCAGUCCCAUAUUCGAACACACACUGGCGAAAGGCCCUACAAGUGUCCCCAGUGCUCCAAUACCUUUGUAAAAUCAUCUGAUCUCCGGCGGCAUAUCCGCACUCACGACGACGUACGGCCCCACAGGUGUUUGGAGUGCUCAAAGUCGUUUUCAAGGAAGGCACACCUCCAGGAUCACAUGCGCUGCCACACGGGCGAACGACCGUUUCCCUGUCCUCAUUGCUCGAAGACCUUUGCCUUGAAUUUCACUCUUCAAAACCACAUCCGCACCCACACAGGCGAGCGACCAUACAAGUGCUCCCACUGCUCGAAGUCCUUCAGUUUGGGUACCACCCUUAAGAAUCACAUCCGCACUCACACCAGAAAAAAUGAAUUCAAGUGCUCUGAGUGCAAAAUGUCAUUUGGCCAAAAAAAGGGCCUGCGUAAACACCUUCUUAAGCAUAAGAAAUCGAAUUAAUGAAACUUGUUAUUAGGAAAAUACAAAAAUAUUAACUUAUUGUGAUAAAUAUUUUGAAUUUUCAACAUCGAUAAUAAAUCGAUUUAGAGAAUGGCAGAAGACAGGGUGCCCAGUGUACUGUGCACAUUGUAAACAAUGUAAACUCUUGGUUUA